CCGGCUCGUGGUCUCAUCCAAGCCACGCCGAGAGAACACGCCGAUCUUCCCGCGCUGCUCCCACAGUAAGAAAAUGGAGCAAAAGAGCGAAAUCAACGGCCACGCCGUCCCCGCUCCCGUGGAUCGGACCUCCGGGGAGAAAGGCGCCCCUAAGAGCAUGAGGGAGAAGAUACUGGAGUUUCUGACCAAGAACCUCCUGGUUCUCAUGACGGUCUCCGGAGUUCUGGUGGGAGUCGGGCUGGGAAUGAUAGUCCGAAACAUGGACCUGACCAAAGCGGAGAUGACCUACUUCGCCUUCCCGGGCGAGAUGCUCCUCCGGAUGCUGAAGAUGAUCAUUCUUCCUCUGGUGGUGUGCAGCCUCGUCUCCGGCGCCGCCAGCCUGGACACCCGCUCCCUGGGCAAGCUGGGCGGCAUCGCGGUGGGCUACUUCUUGGUGACCACUCUCAUCGCCUCCGGGAUCGGGGUGGCCUUGGCGUUCAUCAUCAAACCCGGCGUGGGUGCCGGGUCACUGAACACCAACAGCCUCGGUCUGGAGAGCGUCAGCAGCGAUAAAGAGACCACGGACUCGUUUCUGGACCUGGCCAGGAACCUAUUCCCGUCCAAUCUGGUGGCUGCUGCUUUCCGCUCUUACGCCACCGGCUACAAGAUGGUUGCUUCAGGAAACGACACCAAUGGCACCAUCAUCUACCAAAAGGUGCCCGUCGGGACGGAGGCAGACGGCAUGAACAUCCUGGGUCUGGUCUUAUUCGCCAUGGUGUUUGGCGUGGCGCUCAGGAAGCUUGGAGAUGAGGGCGAGGAACUUAUCCGUUUCUUCAAUGCCUUCAACGAGGCAACCAUGGUACUUGUGUCCUGGAUCAUGUGGUAUAUCCCUUUUGGCAUCAUGUUCCUGGUGGCCAGUAAGAUUGUGGAGAUGGUAGAUGUGGUUUUAUUGGUCACUAGCCUGGGGAAGUACAUCUUUGCAUCCAUCCUGGGCCAUAUCAUCCAUGGUGGCAUCAUCCUGCCUCUCAUCUACUUUGGUUUCACGCGCAAGAACCCCUUCAGUUUCCUGUCGGGCCUCAUUACGCCCUUCACCACCGCUUUCGCCACCUGUUCCAGCUCAGCAACGCUUCCCUCCAUGAUCAAGUGUGUGGAGGAGAACAACGGCGUGGACAAACGCAUCAGCCGCUUCAUCCUCCCCAUCGGUGCCACAGUCAACAUGGACGGAGCCGCCAUUUUCCAGUGCAUAGCCGCCGUCUUCAUCGCUCAGCUCAACAACGUGGAGCUCAACGCUGGACAGAUCUUCACUAUCCUGGUGACGGCCACGGCCUCCAGCGUCGGGGCAGCAGGCAUCCCAGCUGGUGGCAUCAUCACCAUCGCCAUCAUCCUGGAGGCCAUCGGCCUGCCGACCAAUGAUCUGUCACUCAUGCUGGCUGUUGACUGGAUUGUGGAUCGUACAACAACGGUGGUGAACGUGGAGGGUGACGCCCUGGGUGCCGGGAUCCUGCAUCACAUCAACCAGCAGGAAGUGAAGAAGAAGGCGCAGCAGGAAGAAGGAGGCGAGCUGGCGGAGGUAAGGGUGGAGGCGGUGGCCAACAUCCAGGCGGAGGAGGAGACCUCGCCUCUUGUCAAUCACCAAAGCAAAGCACCGGAAGCGACACCGGAAGCCAUCGAGUCGAUACUGUGAACUUGAGUUUUUUUUUUUUAUGCUAUUCAUCGCUUUGUUGACCUUGGUACUCCGUUAAUGUUGCUGAUGGUGCAACGCCCGUUUGACGCGUUCCAGAAGAACGACAAAUAGGCCAAACUAAUGAAGUCUGUGUAGAUGCUGUAAAUGUGCACAAAGCUGCUGAUGUUGACUGUUUUCAUUCAUGGUUAGUGAAGUUCAACACAAACAUUCCCAUUAAUGUGACUUUUAUGAUUCCUCUUUCAUAACUUUAUUUGUUUUAUUUUAGUGACUUUAGACAAACCUGCCUGUUUUACCUUUUAGUGCAGGGGUGGGCAAACUUUUUGACUCGCGGGCCGCAUUGAUAUAACAAAAUUUCCGGGGUUGGCAGACUAUAUAUUUUACACGUAACAGUCCACCUGGUAUUAUUGUAUCUGUAAAAUUGUCAUGCAAUCUGCUAUUAUUAUUUAUUAUUUUAUAUUUAUAUUUAAAUAUUUUAAAAAUAAAAAAAUAUUAUAAUAAUUAAAAUAAAAUUAAAAUAAUAAUUAUUAUAUUAUUAUUAUGUAAAAUAUGCAAAUAUAACAAUAUUAUUAUAUAUAAUUAAUAUAAUAAUUUGCAUUAACAUAAUACAUAUAAUAAUCAUAACAGUUAUAAUAAUAAUAUAAUAAUUAUUAUUUUAAUUUUAAUUAUUAUUAUGUGCUUGUGUCUCUUUUUUCAGGAGCACUUUGUAAACAACAGACCAUGUCAAACAACGAAAUUGAUACAACCAUCAAAAGGUUGGCUCAGGCCAUGAUGCCAGGUUGUAUGUUGAGUUUAAAUUAAAUACUUUGGAAAGAUUGGGCGGGCCGUAUUCAAACACCUGGCGGGCCGGAUGUGGCCCCCGGGCCGUAGUUUGCCCACCCCUGUUUUAGUGCAUUUUUCAUACAUUCACUUUGGAAAAAAAUACUUGUUGGCGGUAAUCUGCUGAUGUUGACCCUCACGUCAAACAUUAACCCUCGGAAUGGGGGAAUUCGGCCCUUUUUCCCGUCUAACGAUUGAGCCUGUGCCACAUUGACCCAUUUAGAACAGCUUUAUUAUUGACAGUCCGACGAAAGAAAACACGCUUUAUUUAUCUCCUUGUAGUCUCUAACCCGUAAAGAUAGACUCCAUGGCUUAGUCGUCUGAAUCGGGAGUGCCCGGAAAACUAAAAAUAACAAAAAUAAUCAGUCAUUUCAUAAGAAUAAAGCCAAAUUUAAAAAGAAAUCAUAACAUUAUUAUAAACAACAAAUAAAGCCCCAAACAUACAAUUAUUUUGUCAUAUAUCAUAUAAGUAAUUUUGGAAAAUUACUAAGAAGAAUAAUGGCAGAAAUGGGAAAAAAUGCUGUAUUUUUAUGACAAUAAUAUCAAAAUAUCAAGAAAUUUUUUUUUUAAUUCUAAUGAGAAAAUUGUUGCAAUUUUACCAGAAUAAAUCCAAAAUAUUAUGAGGGAAAAUAAAGUAAUUUUUGUGGCAUAGAGUUCAAAUAUUAAAGAAAAAAAAUAAGAUCCAUCCAUUUUCUAUACCGCUUAUCCUCACUAGUAUGCUGGAGCCUAUCCCAGCUGUCUUCGGACGAGAGGCUGGGCGACAGCCAAUCACAGGGCACAUAUAGACAAACAACCAUUCACACUCACAUUCAUACCUAUGGACAAUUUGGAGUCGCUAAUUAACCUAGCAUGUUUUUGGAAUGUGGGAGGAGUUGACCAAGCGGAGAAUCGAACCCAGGUCUCCUAGCUGUGUGGCCACCGUUCGGCUGUAGAGAUUUAGAUUUAUUUAAAAAGAAGACAAGGAAUUGAUGCGGCCAUUAAAGUGUCUAUUUUUGACAUACAGCCCCGCCCACCUGUUUAAAUUCUGAUUCUGAUUGACAGCUUUUCCAUCCAACAACAACUUUGGUGUGUUCAAGGACCAUUGAACUAAUAACAUAAAUAUGGAAAAAAAAACACAUUUACAUAUAUUAUCACAUAUUUGUACAUUUUUAUUGACUUGGGAUAAAUGAGAUGUGUUUUGUGUUGAAAAAGUGGCCUAUUUUUGAGGGGCAAAUGUUGGUAUUUAUAUUUUUUAACCAAAAAUCUGCACAUUUGCAAGGUCGGGGAUGCGGAAUCACAAAUUAGCAGGGAUCCACUGUACUAUACUACGUAUACUAGAUGCCUGGAAUUCUUUCUUAAAUGUGUUAAACUGGAUUAAAACUGUGAGGGGCAUAUUAUAGGUUUUACUCCACGGGGGGGGGGUAUAAAGUUCUUGUUUUUUAUUGAGCUGCAGCACAUUCUUAAAAUAGAAUUUAACAAGAAAACUAAACACCACAGCAGCAAACAUAGGAAAAUUAAUAAUAAUUUUACAAAAAAGUUGAAAUAUUAAGAGAAAAAAGUUGUAAUUUGAUGAGAAUAUGUUGUAAUUUCACAAGAAUACCAUCGUCUUAGUAAAAAAAAAAGUUGUAAAGCAUCAUUGCUCACGGUGCAACGUGAAGGUUUCAUGUUGCUUAACCCUGUUGGACAUCAUGACAUCAUAUACUCCAGUGCUCCCUUUUAAUUGAUUGGCAAAAUUUUUGUUUUGGUGAAGAAAUCCCCCAAAAAAUGAUAUAAAGUGUUCCCUCACUAUAUCACAGUAAAAAAAAAUCAACUAUUAAAUCAUUAUUAUAAUAUAUUAUUGUUCAAAAAAUAUUGUAAGACAAGUUCCAUGUAGUAUUGUGGUCGCUGUGGUCUGACAUGCCAUGGCUGAGGCGAACAAGCCAUGGCUGAGACGGACACGCCAUGUCUGAGAUAGAAUGCAAAAAAUGUUCUCCUCACAUUCUGUGUGGAAGUGGUAAGUUCUGGGCUUCUUUGCCCUUGUUCCCCACUCCAUUUGGAACGCUUUCUUAAAUUUAGAAUUGGAGAGGCUAACUCGUUAGCCUGCUGUGCCAGAGGUGGCCGUAUGUUAUGUCCCUGCAGUGAUCUCGUAGAUGAAUAAUAUCGACCGUGGGGUGUUAUUUCAUGUCAUAACCAGUUUUUUUUAAUGUUCUAACUAUGAAAAUACUCCAUUUAUAAAUAAGGAAUCCUACUUUGUGGAAAUGUACUUCAUCACAGUCGGGUGGUAAACCAAUUAACUGUGAAAAACGAGGGAUUACUGUUGUACUGUUGUACUGUUGUAAUGUAUUUUUUAACAUCAGCAAAUCACCUACUAUGGAUUAUGAAAUCACUUAGACCAGGGGUGGGCAAACUUUUUGACUCAUGGGCCGCAUUGAGUUAACAAAAUUGUGCGGGGGGCCAGAACAUAUAUUUAACACACAUGAUUUUACGCUUAUAAUUUUAAUAAUUUUAAUGAUUUUUAUAUUUUUUAAAUAUUUCUAAAUAUUUUUUAAUAAUUUUUAAUAAUUUUUAAUAAUUUUUAAUAAUUUUUAAUAAUUUUUUAAUAUUUAUAAUACUUUUUAAUAUUUUUUAAUAAUUUUAAAAUAAUUUUUAAAUAAUUUUUUAAUAUUUUUAAAUAAUUUUACGCCUUGAAUUAUUUGUCUAAUUUUAAUUGUCAUACUAUCAGCUAUAUGUUCUUGUUUCCUUUUUUUCAGGAGCACUUUAAACAUCAGACCACAUCAAACUACGAUUUAUUAUUAUUAUUUUUUAACUGAAUAAGACAUCCGACUUGAAAGUCAUGUUGCCAGCUGGUAUGUUAAAAGUUGAAAUACUUAAAAGCAACUGGCGGGCCGGAUUCAAACGUUUGGUGGGCCGCAUGUGGCCCCCGGGCCGUAGUUUGCCCACCCCUGACUUAGACUCAAAUAUUUCAGUAAAGCAAUGCAGCAGAUUAAAGUAGAACACAAAUGGAGGUACAGACUGCCCUCUGGUGGCGAUAAAGGCUAAAGUCACUUCAGGGUGUGUACUUGAUUAGCUAAGGAAAGCUUGUGUUUGUGAAUGGUCCCUUUUUACCGUACAUUUCAGUUGCAUUUUCAUACAUGGCGGACAACAUGGAGCGUGCUCCGGUUUCUUGUUCUUAAAUGUUUAAGUGAGGAAGCCAAAUCAUUUUUUGCUGUUACGUGUCACCAUAGUGUUGGAUCAAGUACACGUAUGCUGGAAAAUGUAUCAUAACUUCAUAUUUCAAUGGACUUCUUAACCAUUUUGGGGGCUAGUUUUUUUUAGUUUUUGUUGAAUAUCUCCCAAUCAAUCACAUGAUACAUAUACCAUAUACCGUGUACAGUACAUUUACAAGCAAUUUAUUUUGAUCGUUCUAACCUUUUGUAUCAUUUGUACUUUCUACUGGUAAUACUUGAUUGUUAUUAACCCUUAUUUUUUGACUGAAAUCCUCUGCUGGUGUUUGUGACAAGCUGUUAGAAGGGAGUGUGUGUUUUUCGAAUGAGUAGAUACUCGUUACGUUACUCUUAAGUUGUGUAGCUGUGAUUUUUGCACUUGAUGCUGUUAUGUCAUCAUUAAAAAGAAGGCAUGGUACAGCC